AAUCUGCCUGAUAAACAUAACGACGCUGAUAACAUUAUAUUUUGUCAGUGCUUUAUUAAAAUUCAAGCCAGUGCUAAGUAAAAAAUAAGAAAAAGUGUUCCUAAAACAAUUCCCAAAAUGGUUAUCCAGAAAGACUUGGAUUUCGGCAUGAAAUGCAUCAAGUACAUGCUAUGCGUCGCCAAUCUAAUGUUUGUGAUCGUUGGUCUUCUAUUAAUAUCCAUUGGUUACACCAUCAAAUCAAUCUACAGCAAUUUCGAACAGUUCAUGGAAACCUACUACUACAAUCCUUCUUCUUUAGCUAUCAUCAUAGGAAUCUUCAUUUUUGUGAUAGCUCUCUUUGGAUGUGUUGGAGCUGUAAGAGAAAGCACAUGCCUGGUUAACACGUAUGCCUUCUUUUUGACAAUCGUUCUGGUCAUGGAAAUAUCCGUGAGCAUUGCCGCUUAUGCCAUGAGAUCCAACAUCGAAUCAAACAUCGCGUACAACAUGAAAUUUGCAAUGGAUCAUUUUAAUGAGGAAUAUAAUGCGUUCACAUGGAACUCCACUCAAUACAACCUUCAAUGUUGUGGAAUCUACCGUAACACCGAAUGGGGUGCAUAUCCAGAGUACAAUCUAACUAAAAUUGUUCUGGCCGAUAAUACCACGUUGAGUGUUCCACCCACUUGUUGCCAACAAGAAAAAUGUUCACCAGCAACUGUAUACACUAGUGGAUGUUUGUUUAGAUUGUCUUAUGUUGUUUCGCAAUGUGCCCUUCUACUUGCGGCUGGAGCAUUAUGUGUAUCCUUUAUACAGGUUCUAGGAAUCGUUUUUGCCUCAAUGUUGGCCAAAUCAAUCAGAAAAGCCAAGACUGAAAGGUUGGUCAGAAGAGAAGAACUGAGACGCAACUUCUAUGAUCAAAUGAUGAAGAGCCGAGGAGAAAAGCCUGAACCUGUGGUUGAACUUUACACACCUAAAGAUUCAGAAGCUUAGACAUCUACGGAUAAUUUCAAUAACUAUUGCACUAAAUUAGUUUAUAUUUCUAAAAUAAAACACAUUACAUAUUUACAAAUAAUACAAAUAUUAUAUCUUUAGGAAAUGACUAUUUUAUUGAAGAUAGGCACUAAAAAGGUGGAAGUAAUUUUAUUAAUAAUAUUUUUUCUAAAAUAUGUAAAGCCUACUUCAAAUCAAUAAAACAUUUUAAUAAAUCAUUGACAAAUUUUG